AUGUUUCACAACGAUGACUAUAAUCUCAUUGUCGCUUUCCUUACUGGUGUUCUGCUUCACGCAAUCGUCUUCUCCAACUAUGAGUGGGAUCGACGAACAAUCAGCAUCUUCAGCUCUUUUUUCGCAUCUUACUUGAUUCUGGCCAUUGUCCUUGCUUACGUUGGAGAUCGAUCUUGGGCAGCUCUCGCCGUAGCGAGCGCCUACAACAUCUUUCUUCUCGGUGGCCUCUUCAGCUCAAUGACCGUAUACCGAACAAUCCUGCACCCUCUAAAGUCAUUCCCGGGACCGGUAGCUGCUCGAGUAACAAGCCUAUGGCUUUUUAAACAGAACAUUCCGAAUCUCAACUUCUACGUUAAGUUGCGCAGUCUACACGAUCAGUAUGGGGACUUUGUACGAAUUCGACCUAGGGAGAUAUCUAUAUGCCACUCAGAUGCGAUUGUUGAUGUUCAUGGACCUAGGACCAAAAUGAGAAAAGGCGAGUUUUAUGAUCAGACUUAUCCUUUGCAUACCUUGCAGUUCAUCCGCGACCACGAUCUGCAUAGAGAGCAACGGAAGGGUUUGCGAAAGCUUCGGAACAGUAAAAGAGACAGGGAUAUAUGGUACGAUGCCGCACUCCAUGCACGCAGCAAGUCCAGCGGCUUCCAGAACAACACACUCAGCGAGGCUAAGUUGGCCGUAGUUGCCGGCGCCGACACAAACGCAAUCACAGUGGCAAAUGUUUGCUAUCUGCUCUGCCGAUACCCCGAAAUUCAGGUAAAACUUUACAGUGAGCUCUCGGACUUGCCAUCCCUAGGUGGUAUCAUCGAUGAUCAGUACUUGGUCAACAAAUCCUACUUGACAGGCAUCAUCAAUGAGACGUUGAGGCUGUAUCCGCCAGUGCCCUCGGGUCUUCAGCGUUUGACACCUCCACAAGGUGCCAUGAUUGCUGGCAGAUACAUUCCAGGAAAUAUGAAUGUAACAACGCCGACAUAUUCGCUACAAAGAGCACAUUUCAAGAAGCUCGGUAAAGCCGCUGGAAAUGUUGUGCUGGCAAUGGGAAAACUUAACCUCGGUAACGGCGGCAAGAACAAGUCAAACGCUAACACUGAUGGUAGUUACCAUGAUCUUGAGCAACACGAUCGAUACUCUCUUAUCCGCCAUCUAGGUUCUGGAGCGAACGGUGACGUAGGGCUCUAUACUGACAUACGAUCUGGUAAAAUAGUGGCUUUCAAAACGGUCAACCACGAUACAAAGUCAACACCCAACGAAGUGGCAGUCUUGAAGUACCUGGGCCAUCAUCCGAACAUCGUUCGAUACCAUACAUAUCUCCGUCAACCUCUGAAGAUUGUCUUUGAGUAUUGCCCUGUGGGCCGUGUUCCCGAGAUGUUUAUCUGGCAUUCGCUUAAACACGUUGCCUCCGGCGUCGCCUUCUUGCACGAGCGUGGUGUAUUCCAUGGCGAUAUCAAACUCGCAAACAUUCUACUGAUUACUCCUCCCAAGGGAGAGGAGUAUCCUCUGCCAAAGAUUGCUGACUUUGGAGCUGCGGCUAUCAAACCUUCACCUAGGAUCCCGUUGGGCCACAUGGGUACGUUCGGCUGGCAGCCACCUGAGGCAUCAUAUCACCAUGGCCCUGAGUCCGAUGUAUGGGCGCUGGGGUGUAUGGUCCAUGAGCUUGCAGUGGGAUACCUGCCCAUAGAGGUUCGGGAGAGUCCGAAUAUCGACAUCAACGAGUGGUUCGAGACCAAUCUGUGCGUCCCUGUAGGAAUAGAAUACAUUGGCAUUUAUAAGGACAUGUGCUUCUUGAUGGCUUUCAAUCCAGUUACGCGGACGCGCACUGAUAAUCCGUCGGACACCAAGUCGAUGGUGUACAGUAGGUUGCUCAACUACGUCAUCAUGCGCGCUCUGGAUACGGAUCACCGAACCCGCAUCACUGCAAGCCAACUGCAUCUCUUCCUUCCUGUACUCGAGGAGGUCGCGAAUAUCUUCUCGAUUCUGUUCGACGAGAUUUGCUGGAUAUGGUUCCCGAGAGUGGGGAGGAUGGGACAGCCGCUCCACUCGCAAGCUCAACCACAGGGUCAGAACAGCGCCUCAACCACACCCCACGGACUCGCAGCAUCCAGCAUCGCGCCAAAGAACAGACAGAAGACCAUGUCAUCUGCACCGAGGGGACGAAACCCUGCAGGUGGUAGUGCCCGAGGCAGGUCAUCAAAGUCAGCGACACCACGGUCCAAAGCUGCACAGAGUGCGCCAAAGCCCAUGUUGAAGCUCAAGCUCAACACGAAGGCGCUCACUGAGGCUGAGGACCCCAAACCGGCCGUCACUGCGCAGCAUAACGAUACAGAUGAGCUUCCACAGUAUACUCCGACACCGUUCACGACCCGCACUGGGCGAACCGUCAAACAACCACUACACUUUGAUGAUGUGCAGGAUAGCAGCUACACGAUCGACCAGAGCUCUGAUCGUGUAGAUGAUGGAGUCAACUCAGCGAGCGACUCAAGUUACGAGUCACACCACGGAAAGGCAAGCCUGUCAUCACAGCAGCAGUCAACUCCAAGAGCUAUCCGUCGUCCCCAGACUGAGGCAUCCUGGAACACGCCUCUACCAAAGAUUGACAAAGAAUAUGUCCCAGUCCCCAACACACCGCAAGCACAUCCAAGCCAUCAAGAACCACCCACCUACGUACCCGAAACCGGCGACGCAUACCAAAUCUUCGACGCCCUCAAACGCACCACAAAGAUCCACCUCGACCUCCCCUGCCUCACCAACGCGCAAAACCCCGAGCUCCCCCAGCCCUACAGUGCCAAAUCCCUCGUGCAAAUCUACCUCCUCGCCUACCAGCAAAAAGAAUGGGACCUAUGCGAUGUCAUCGCCGACACCUGGAUGCGCGCUUUCCACGAACUACGAGACAAAGACCAGCGCAGCGACUCCAAAGACGCAACAUGGCGCCACAACAAAGUGCUCGAAGGACGGAAGCGCAAAGCCAAGGAAGCGUGGAAACGCGGUAAAAAAAUAUUUUCGGAAUUCGACCUCAAUCCAAAGGACUACGAGCUCACCAUUGCGGACCCCGAGCUCGAUGCCGAUGUCACAGCCGUCCACCCUAAUCUGCUAAACAUAUUGUACAAGCACACAGACACCAAGUGCGGCGCGCGCAUGCUGUGGGCUGAUGCACUGGCUCUUGGCGGCGAUAAGACGGAGAAGAUUAUGGCGGCGACUGUGAACACGGGCGUGGGAUUACAUGCUGAGCUUGUGUUCAAUGUUAUGCAAACUGGUCUACGUAUGCUGCGGCGCAACCUUACGCUCAAGAUUGAAGAGAGCACCGAGGGCGCGUGGUGUAAGCGGUAUCAUGAGCAUAGCAAGUAUGACUUGCCUUGUUACCGCGAGAAGGCUUGGGGGUGGAAGAAUGGGGUUGUUGAUGGAGGAGGCGACGACGAUGAUAGUGAUGGUGAGCGUAGGGAGAUGAAUGGUGAUGCGGCUGAGCUGGAUGACGUGGAUGACUUUGAGGCGAUGAUGCUGGAGGAGUUUGAUGGGAAGAGGGGGUUUGGUGGGGAUGGGGAGAUAAGUGGGGCGAAGCGUGUGAAACGUGGAGGGGAUGCGGGUGAUGACUCUGAUAGUGAGUAUGAGUGA